GUUUGAACUCUGGGCUUCAAGCUUGCUAGGCAGGCGCUCUACCACUUUAGCCACACUCCAUUCCAGUUUGGUUAUUCUAUUCUGGUUAUUUUGGAGAUGGGAAUCUCCAGAACUAUUUGCCUGGGCUUCCCUCGGACCAUGAUCCUCCUGACCUCAGCCUCCCACAUACCUAGGAUUAUAGGCAUGAGCCACAGGUGCCCUGCAAGCCUUGUUUUGAGAUAGAGUCUCCUUAUGUAGCCUGGACUGUUAAACUUGAGAUUCUUCUACCUCAGCUUCCCAAGUGCUGUGAUAGACAUCCUCCACCAUACCUGGUUGAGCUUGGUAUUUUAAAUAGCGAAAUAUUCAUUCUUUGUUAGACAUACAAUUAAAAUAUUUUCUGGGUUUCUUUUAUUUUGUUAAAUAACUGAUACUUUGAUAAAUUGUAAAUAUCUACAGAAAAGGGGACUUCGGUUCCUCUUCAGCAAACUUGUGCGUGUCCUCUGUAUAAGAUGUGAAUUGCGUUGGUAGCUUUUGAAUACAAAAAUCAAUGAGAUUUGGUUACUGCCUGGGAAGAGAGAGAGAGACAGAAAGAAAAGAGAAUAUGAAUUAAGCUUUGGUGACAGAAUAGCGAAAGGUUCUAGUAAGGGAAUGACUGGUUUAGUGGAACAGUUGAGAAUACUUCUGACUGAGGACCUGAGGAAUUGUUAAAGAACUGAAGAUAGACAUUAUAAUUCAGGUCGUCCAUUAGAAACAGGUGGAAACAAUUUGCAGCACCAUUAAAGAUGAGCUCAAAAAUGGGGCAGUGGGAGAAAGCAGUGUUCGAAGCUGUGAAUCUGGAAAGAAAAAGUUGUAUUAUAAUUUAUGGUUUGGAAAAUGUAGAGUAGCUGAGCAUGUGAGCACAUUGUUUAUUCUGUAUGUCUUGGUAUUUUCCUGAAAGCCCUCAUUCUGUUUAUUUGUAUAGGUAUCCUAACUGGAACACUGAUCACCUAGAACGCAUCUUGUGGCAUGGACUCUAAUCCUUAAGACAAAUACAGUCUUCGAAAAAUUUUUUUCUGAUUUGAUAAUUGUCUCUUGAAAAGAACAACUGCUGCAGUAAGAGCACCUAUCUAGCAAGUGUGAGGUAUUGAGUUCAAACCAACAACAAAAACCUGCCAUGUAGAGAUAGGACUGUGCAUUUUUGCCCAGGUUCACCUAGACCUCAGUCCUCAUGUUUCCUGCAGAGCUGGGAUGACAGUGUUAUAGUUUUGCUGCUGGACUCUUCCCUCCCUUCCCCCACCCCAUCAGGAUGAUAUGAGACUUGAAAGAAGACGAUGCAUACAGGAGGAGAGACUUCAGCAUGCAAACCAUCAUCUGUUCGGCUUGCACCGUCAUUUUCAUUCCAUGCUGCUGGCCUUCAGAUGGCUGGACAGAUGCCCCAUUCACAUCAGUACAGUGACCGUCGCCAGCCAAACAUAAGUGACCAACAGGUUUCUGCCUUAUCGUAUUCUGACCAGAUUCAGCAACCUCUAACCAACCAGAGGCGGAUGCCCCAAACCUUCCGUGAUCCAGCAACUGCUCCCCUGAGAAAACUUUCUGUUGAUUUGAUCAAAACAUAUAAGCAUAUUAAUGAGGUUUACUAUGCAAAAAAGAAGCGAAGACACCAACAAGGCCAGGGAGACGAUUCUAGUCAUAAGAAGGAGAGGAAGGUUUACAAUGAUGGUUAUGAUGAUGAUAACUAUGACUAUAUUGUAAAAAACGGAGAAAAGUGGAUGGAUCGUUACGAAAUUGACUCCUUGAUAGGCAAAGGUUCCUUUGGACAGGUUGUAAAGGCAUAUGAUCGGGUGGAGCAAGAAUGGGUUGCCAUUAAAAUAAUAAAGAACAAGAAAGCUUUUCUGAAUCAAGCCCAGAUAGAAGUGCGACUCCUUGAGCUCAUGAACAAACAUGACACUGAGAUGAAAUACUACAUAGUGCAUUUGAAACGCCACUUUAUGUUUCGAAACCAUCUCUGUUUAGUUUUUGAAAUGCUGUCCUACAACCUCUAUGACUUGUUGAGGAACACCAAUUUUCGAGGGGUCUCUUUGAACCUGACACGAAAGUUUGCACAGCAGAUGUGCACUGCACUGCUUUUCCUGGCAACCCCAGAGCUUAGCAUCAUUCACUGUGACCUAAAACCUGAGAACAUCCUGCUGUGCAACCCCAAACGCAGUGCAAUCAAGAUCGUUGACUUUGGCAGUUCUUGUCAGUUGGGGCAAAGGAUAUACCAGUAUAUUCAGAGUCGCUUUUACCGGUCUCCAGAGGUGCUACUGGGAAUGCCUUAUGACCUUGCUAUUGACAUGUGGUCCCUCGGGUGUAUUUUGGUUGAAAUGCAUACUGGAGAACCUCUGUUCAGUGGUGCCAAUGAGGUAGAUCAGAUGAAUAAAAUAGUAGAAGUCCUGGGUAUUCCACCUGCUCAUAUUCUUGACCAAGCACCAAAAGCAAGAAAGUUCUUUGAGAAGUUGCCAGAUGGCACUUGGAACUUAAAGAAGACCAAAGAUGGAAAACGGGAGUACAAACCACCAGGAACACGUAAACUUCAUAAUAUUCUUGGAGUAGAAACAGGAGGACCUGGUGGGCGACGUGCUGGGGAGUCGGGUCAUACGGUAGCUGACUACUUGAAGUUCAAAGACCUCAUUUUAAGGAUGCUUGAUUAUGACCCCAAAACUCGGAUUCAACCUUAUUAUGCUCUACAGCACAGUUUUUUCAAGAAAACAGCUGAUGAAGGUACAAAUACAAGUAACAGUGUGUCUACAAGUCCUGCAAUGGAGCAGUCCCAGUCUUCAGGCACCACCUCCAGUACAUCAUCAAGCUCAGGUGGAUCAUCUGGGACGAGCAACAGUGGGAGAGCCAGGUCGGAUCCAACGCACCAGCAUCGGCACAGCGGUGGGCACUUCACAGCUGCCGUCCAGGCCAUGGACUGUGAGACGCACAGUCCCCAGGUGCGUCAGCAGUUUCCAGCUCCUCUUGGCUGGUCAGGCACUGAAGCUCCUACACAAGUCACUGUUGAAACUCAUCCUGUUCAAGAAACAACCUUUCAUGUAGCCCCUCAGCAGAAUGCAUUGCAUCAUCACCAUGGAAACAGCUCCCAUCACCACCACCAUCACCACCACCACCACCACCACCAUGGACAGCAAGCCUUGGGUAACCGGACCAGGCCAAGGGUCUACAAUUCUCCAACAAAUAGCUCCUCUACCCAGGAUUCUAUGGAGGUUGGCCACAGUCACCACUCCAUGACAUCCCUGUCUUCCUCAACGACUUCUUCCUCGACAUCUUCCUCCUCUACUGGUAAUCAAGGCAAUCAGGCCUACCAGAACCGCCCAGUGGCUGCUAAUACCUUGGACUUUGGACAAAAUGGAGCUAUGGACGUUAAUUUGACCGUCUACUCCAAUCCCCGCCAAGAGACUGGCAUAGCUGGACAUCCAACGUACCAAUUUUCUGCUAAUACAGGUCCUGCACAUUACAUGACUGAGGGACAUCUGACGAUGAGGCAAGGGGCUGAUAGAGAAGAGUCCCCUAUGACAGGAGUUUGUGUGCAACAGAGUCCUGUAGCUAGCUCGUGACUACAUUGAAACUUGAGUUUGUUUCUUGUGUGUUUUUAUAGAAGUGGUGUUUUUUUCCAAAAACAAAGUGCAAAGCUGCUUGAAUCAGAAGGAGAUUAACACACUGAACCGCUACAAGAGGGCAAAGCUGACUUUUUUUUUUUUUUUAACUUGAAAAGAUUGCAAAGGGACAAUGAAGUUUUUAAGAGCCAUGUCCAAACCCAUCUUCAUGGAUAGCUCAGAGGUAUCCUCUUUUUGCCUCCCCCAUUUAACUUGCCACCUCUCAGUCAUAGUGGGGUUUUUUGUCUUUCUAUUCAGCAAAAGUUAAUGUUCAGAUGUUGGUCUUGGUCAUUUGCCAACUAAUUUUAACAUAAAAAGGCACUGCACAUAAUUUGCAUAAAGGGCCCCAUGAGGGUAUUUUGUUUUAUUUUUCUCCUUUUUGUUUUUUUCCUGUUUUGGUUUUGUUUUGGGUGGGUGGGGGGUGGGAAAUUUGGGUUUUUAAGUCCU